AUGCCACUGCGUGCACCCGAGGCCAUCGAUGACACCCAGCUCGUCACCAAUGGCGUCAACGACGGCACCAUCCUGCCGGUCUGCGCGGCGCUGGCUGCGAGGGUGAACGCCUUUCUGGAGACCGAGGCUGAGACCCCACUGCUGAAAGCUGUGCAAGAGCAGACGAGAGUCGCGUUGGGGGUUAUUGGGACAGCGUUGGAACAAUACAGCCUCGAAGAAAUCUCCCUCUCCUACAAUGGAGGCAAAGACUGUCUCGUCCUACUCAUCCUCCUCCUUGCAUCCCUCGCUAAAUGCCCCAAACGCCCACUCCCGAGCGCCCUCCAAUCCGUAUAUAUUAUCUCCCAACACGCCUUCUCGGAAGUCGACCACUUCGUGGACCACUCUGUCACCACCUACGGCCUCGACCUCUCGCGCUUUGCCAUGCCUAUGAAAGAAGCAUUUUCCCUAUACUUAAACGAGCGUCCAGAAGUCAAGGCGAUUUUGGUGGGCACCAGGAGGACAGACCCACAUGGGCAGGAUUUGACGCAUUUUGAUAAGACGGAUCAUGGCUGGCCGGCGUUUAUGAGGGUUCAUCCAGUUAUUGAUUGGCACUAUGCCGAGAUCUGGGCUUUUAUUCGACAUUUGGAAAUCCCCUACUGCGUGUUAUAUGACCGCGGAUAUACCAGUCUUGGAGGUACAACUGACACGCAUCCGAACCCGGCCUUGAAAGCCGAAACUGGUGAUGACAACGACGGUACGGCUGCGACAUUUAGGCCGGCAUAUGAACUCAUUGAAGAUAAAGCCGAGCGAUUGGGUAGGGACUGGUAG